CGAGAGGAGAUCAUCAUCGCAAUGUAUGCAUCAUCGCUGUAUCUGUAAAUGGAACAAAUCCUGCAAGUGCUGCUAUGUGUGGAAUGAAAAUCAUUAAUGUGGGAACUAACUCCAAAUGUAAUAUCAAUAUUGAAGAGGUACGCAAGGCUGCUGAAGCAAACAAGGAGUAUCUAUCUAUGGUUACCUAUCCUUCUACUCAUGGAGUUUAUGAGGAGGGUAUUGAUGAGAAUUGCAAGAUUAUUCAUCACAAUGGAGGUCAAGUUUACAUGGAUGGAGCUAACAUGAAUGCACAGGUUGGAUUAACAAGUCUAGGGUGGAUUGGGGCUGAUUUUUGUCAUCUAAACCUUCACAAGACAUUUUACAUUCCACAUGGUGGUGGUGGGCUCAGAACGGGCCCCAUUUGUGUGAAGAAACACUUAGCACCCUACUUUCCUUCACAUCCUAUGACGAGUGCUGGAGUAGAGCGAAAAGAUGUUGCAAAACGUCUGAUUGAUUACGGGUUUCAUGGUCCAGCUAUGUCAUGGCCAGUUCCAGGAAUACUCAUAAUUGAACCCACUGAAAGUGAAAGAAAUGCUGAGUUGGACAGGUUUUGUGAUGCUUUGAUCUCCAUUAGACAAGAAAUAGCAAAAUUUAGAAAGGAACAGUGGACAUAA